CCGCAGCCAAACAAUUUUAUUACCAGCAAAGUGACUUUUCCAGGGCCAUUCUCUAUACCGAGAGCAUACUCGACCUUUGGGAUCUGAAUUCCGUUUAUUGGUUGUUCUGUUGCUGAUCUAGUUGUUUUAAUAAAUCCGACGCCUUGAAUCUUUUGAAACUCAUCUGCCGAAAUCCUCAGAUUGAAUUCCCAGCUUAUGUUACUUCUAUUCCCAUGAAUUUGACUUCGACUUCUGGGUCUGAUAUUUCUUUUCUUUCCCUUGAUCUCUCCCAUAAGAUUUACAGAUUGAUGUUCAAGUUCAAGCUUUAAGCCAAUUUCAGGUUCUGGGUCUCGGAUCUUUUGGUAUUUAGGGUACCGGGUUUGAGAUGGGUGCGAAUAUUUCCGCUGGCUUGUCGGAAACGGAUCCACCAAUGAAGCCCAGGUUGGGGGAUAUCCCGGAGAGCUGUGUCGCACUGGUUUUGAUGUACUUGGACCCCCCUGAGAUUUGCAAACUGGCCCGAUUGAACCGGGCUUUUCGUGGCGCUUCUUCUGCUGAUUUUAUAUGGGAAUCGAAGUUGCCGCCGAAUUAUCUGUAUAUCAUGGAGAAAGUGUUUGAUGAAGAGACUUUGAUGAAAUUUAGGAAGAAGGAUCUCUAUGCCAGGCUUUGCAGGCCUAUUCCCUUUGAUAAUAGCACAAAGGAACUUUGGCUGGAUAAGAGUUCGGGUGAAGUUUCUAUCUCUAUUUCGUCGAAGGCUUUAAGGAUUACCGGAAUAGAUGACCGGAGAUACUGGAAUCACAUUUCGACAGAAGAAACUAGGUUCCAGACAGUGGCUUAUCUCCAACAAAUCUGGUGGUUGGAAGUAGAUGGUGAGUUUGAGUUCCAAUUCCCUGCGGGCACGUAUAGUAUCUUUUUUAGACUCCAGCUUGGGAGGUCCUCCAAGAGACUGGGACGUCGGAUUUGCAAUUCCGAGCACGUCCAUGGCUGGAACAUUAAACCUGUAAGCUUCCAGCUAACAACAGCUGAUGGUCAACACGCUGUGACCCAGUGCUAUUUGGACAGUCCUGGGAACUGGGUCCAGUACCAUGCCGGAGACUUUGUUGUUCGAAACUCCAACGCGUUGAUGAAGAUCAAAUUUUCCUUGACUCAGAUCGAUUGCACUCACACCAAAGGUGGUCUUUGUGUAGACUGUGUGUUUAUAUACCCGAAAGUGUGGGGGAAGAGCUAGAUUGUUUUGUAGGCAGGAAGAGCUGUAAAAGUAUGGAGAUGUGCUGCCCAAAGAUGGUGUUUGGAAGGAAGAACAUUCAAAUCACGGUUGCUUUUAGGGGGUUCCCAUUCUGUUCAUUGCAUGUAUAUAAUUGUGACUUUUUUCAGAUUGUUUGCGGUUGCUUGUAUGCGAAACAAUAAGAUGCUACUUGAUUAAUUUAAGAUUCAGCAUAUGUUUUGAUGGUGUUU